AUGUCCCUCACCUUUAAGUUGUUCUUUGUCCCAGUGUCGGAGCAGGAGAAAUGUCUGCUCCUGAAGCUUAAGAUGGCUUUAGCUGUGGCUGUCAUCAAGUCCAGACCCAGAGGAACCAGCACCAGCAGCUACUGCCAGGAACUCUCUUCAACCCUGAGGAAACAUGACGGGAACUGGAGGAGAAGAGCCGAGGAGCUGGAGAAGGAGGUGCUGCGGCUGAGACAGGAGCUAGUUCUACAAGAAGCUACUGAGAGACAGGGGCUACUGCUGCAAGGGGCAAGUAAGGAGGACACAGGUGAGACAGGAGCCACUGAGGAGGACACAGGUGAGACAGGAGCCUCUAAGGAGGACACAGGUGAGACAGGAGCUAGUGAGGAGGACACAGGUGAGACAGGAGCCUCUGAGGAGGACACAGGUGAGACAGGAGCCACUGAGGAGGACACAGGUGAGACAGGAGCCACUGAGGAGGACACAGGUGAGACAGGAGCCACUGAGGAGGACACAGGUGAGACAGGAGCCUCUGAGGAGGACACAGGUGAGACAGGAGCCACUGAGGAGGACACAGGUGAGACAGGAGCCUCUGAGGAGGACACAGGUGAGACAGGAGCCUCUGAGGAGGACACAGGUGAGACAGGAGCUAGUGAGGAGGACACAGGUGAGACAGGAGCCUCUGAGGAGGACACAGGUGAGACAGGAGCCACUGAGGAGGACACAGGUGAGACAGGAGCCACUGAGGAGGACACAGGUGAGACAGGAGCCACUGAGGAGGACACAAGUGAGACAGGAGCCUCUGAGGAGGACACAGAUGAGACAGGAGCCACUGAGGAGGACACAGGUGAGACAGGAGCCACUGAGGGGGACACAGGUGAGACAGGAGCCACUGAGGAGGACACAGGUCAGACAGGAGCCACUGAGGAGGACACAGGUGAGACAGGAGCCACUGAGGAGGACACAAGUGAGACAGGAGCCUCUGAGGAGGACACAGAUGAGACAGGAGCUACUGAGGAGGACACAGAUGAGACAGGAGCUAGUGAGGAGGACACAGGUGAGACAGGAGCCUCUGAGGAGGACACAGAUGAGACAGGAGCUAGUGAGGAGGACACAGGUGAGACAGGAGCCUCUGAGGAGGACACAAGUGAGACAGGAGCCUCUGAGGAGGACACAGAUGAGACAGGAGCUAGUGAGGAGGACACAGCUGAGACAGGAGCCUCUGAGGAGGACACAAGUGAGACAGGAGCCUCUGUGGAGGACACAGAUGAGACAGGAGCUAGUGAGGAGGACACAGAUGAGACAGGAGCUAGUGAGGAGGACACAGAUGAGACAGGAGCUAGUGAGGAGGACACAGGUGAGACAGGAGCCUCUGAGGAGGACACAGAUGAGACAGGAGCCUCUGAGGAGGACACAGGUGAGACAGGAGCCUCUGAGGAGGACACAGGUGAGACAGGAGCCACUGAGGAGGACACAGGUGAGACAGGAGCCUCUGAGGAGGACACAGAGUCUGAAGUGCAGGAGCUGUUCUCUCAGGAUCUUUUUGCUCCGAUCAAAGACACAGAUCAGAACCUGGAGUCGAACUCAGAGACCCCAGAGCUGAUCCUGGACCAGGACAACACCCAUGUCCUGCCUGCUGAUGCGGCUGCUGCAGCAGAUGUGUCCAGGCCUCUCUUCUCUCAGCCUCUGGAGCCUCUGCCUCACAUCCACUUCCUGCAGGCGCUGUGUUCUCUGCAGACUCCUCCAGGAGGUGCUGUCCUGGGCUCCACUCACACAUCACACACUUCUGCAGGAGGUGCUGUCCUGGAGGAGUCAGUGUUACAGCUGCUGCAGUCUGUGUGUGCCGUGUCUAUAGAGUCCGACUGGAGCAGCUGGUGGGAGACCUGGUUCAAGCACUGA